AUGAUGAUUGAUUCAUUAAAAUAUGUUCCACCAAUAAUUGAAAAGUUAUACAAUGAUAAAUAUCGUUUAAAUAUAAAAAAUGAUCAAGUCGAAAAAUUAAAUGAAUUGGAAAUUACUAGUACCGAAUGGAAUCAUUUAAAUCAAUUACAUCAUGUUUUGAAAGUGUUUUAUAAUGCUACAAAUAUUGUUUCUGGAAAAACUUAUCCUGCAAUGAGUUCGGCUUAUUUCAUUUUCAUUAAAUUGAAAUCAUUCCUAAUGAAAGACUCAAAGGAAAAUAUGACUGUUAAAAGAUUGAAAAAAUUAUUAUUAUCAAAACUGAUUCAUUAUUUUGAAGAAGACGAAGUUCAAUUAAAUCUUUUAAAAUUUCAUAGUUAUUUUGAUCCAACUGGAUAUCGGGCUUUAUCUGAUGCUGAUAAACGAUCAAUCGAAUAUGAUAUCAAACAAAUGUAUGCUGAUGAUUCGAUGAACAUCAAUAGUUCAUCACUAUCAUCAUCAUCAUUAACAACAGCUGAAUUAGUUAAUUCUGAGGUGAAUUCUACAUCUAAUACAAUGGCAACAACAGCUCGUGCAAAUUCAUCAUCAUCAUCAAAAGCUUAUAUGAAUAAAAAACUAACAGCCAUGGAAAUAUUUUUGAACAGUGUCGGUGACGACAUUGUCCCGAAUAAUACUACUACUUCUCGUGCAACAAUAAUUGAAGAACUACAUAAUUAUCGAUCAUUAGUAAACAAAUAUAACACUCAAAAUCUACCAGAUACAUUUUGUUUUCUUACGUUUUGGAAAAAUUAUGAAUUUACACUACCUUAUCUUUUCAAAUUAGCACAAAAAUUUGGAUGCACACCAGCAACUAGUGUUCCAGCUGAAUCAGCAUUUUCAACAGCAUGUUUUGUGUACAAAAAAGAACGAUCACGAUUAUCGGCAAAAACACUAGAAGCGACUGUUUUCUUAAAAGUAAGUAUUACAACUAUAUAA